CCCCUGAGUCUCGGCGGCGGUGGCAGUGCUGGGGGCGGGGGGUUAACCGACACCAUCCUCCGGUGUGUCUGACAGCGAGAGCGCGAGGCUGGGGCCGAGGCAGCUGUUUGGUGCUGAAAAGGAUCUUUACCAGUGGUAAUAUAAAGAUGGCUUGUUGAAAUCUCCUGAUAUCUGGUUGUGAAGGAAAGCGUGGAGAUCCUGCAGACAUCAGAUAUAGCAGUGCAAGGGCAGCCCUGGCAUUCAAGUCUCCUAGAUGGACGAUCUUUUCUUCCUUUUGGGAUGGCAAUGAGAACUGCAUAGAGGACUUCCCACUUGUGUGAGCUUGGUUCUACAGUGACGAAUGGCGCCUUAGAAGAUCAUCAGCAUCUGCACUGUGCAGAAUCACCAGAAGUGCUGUCAAAGCCUUUUCAAUCAUAUUACAUGUGUAAAUCACUGCGUUAUUGUGUCAGCCACUGUCUUUAUGCAGUAAUGACUAAACUGGAGGAACUCAACAGAGAAGCAAAUAUGCACUCCUCAAUUCGAUAUCUUGGCUAUCUGGCAAAUAUAAGUUUGCUGGUGGCAAUUUGUAUGGGCCUAUACGUCCGAUGGGAGAAAACAGAAAAUAUAUUAUUACUUGUGAUAUUUAUACUGGGACUUUUUGUGCUGGGCAUUGCUAGUAUAUUAUACUAUUACUUCUCCAUGGAAGCAGCAAGUUUAAGUCUGUCUCAUCUCUGGUUUGGAUUUUUGCUUGGUCUCCUCUGUUUUAUAGAUAACUCUAAAUUUAAAACUGAUGCAAAAGAAGAAGCCACCAAAUAUUUACUAUUGACCAGCAUUUUGGUUAGGAUUUUGUGGUCAGUAGUAGAGCGAAUGUGUGGAUGUGUCCGACACCAACCUGCCCUUUUAACAUCUGCAGAAUGUCUGGAGCUGGUUGGAUUUGCUAUAGCCAGCACUGCCAUGUUGAUGCCCAACUGCUUGAGUGUUGUUUUACUUGUUCUUGCUUUGUCAAUGUUGAUUGUUGAUUUACGGAUGAAAUCCUUCCUGGCAGUUCCAAACUUGGUAAUCUUUGCAAUGAUUACAUCCCUGUUGUUUUUUCCAUCUUUAAAAAUUAGCACUAACCCCUUUGCCUUGGCUUGUUAUUUCAGCCGUCUAAUUUGUGACCCCUUACUGGAUCUUUAUUUUAGUGGCUUAUCUGUUACUGAACGGUGGAAACCUUACCUGUAUGGCCGGACACUGUGUAGACGAAUUUCCAUUCUUCCUGUAGCAGCUAUUGAGCUGAUAUUUUUCAUUCUUGCUGCAUUAAAGUUAAAUAACUUAGACCGUUGGUAUUUCCUGAUACCAGGAUUUUCUAUCUUUGGGAUCUUCUGGUUGAUCUGUCAUAUAAUUUUUCUCAUAACUUUCUGGGGUUUUCAUACAAAGCUCAAUGACUGUCAAAAAAUCUACUAUACUCAUAGGAUAGAUAAUAAGAGUCUGGACUGUGUAAUGGCAUCCAAAGGAAUGCGUCACUUUUGCUUGAUUUCUGAGCGGUUAGUCUUUUUCAGCCUAUUUUCCACGGCAAUUCUGGGUGCAGUCUCUUGGCAGCCAACGAAUGGAUCGUUCAUGAGUGUGUUCCUCAUUGUUUUGCCAUUGGAAUCCUUAGCUCAUGGUCUUUUCCAUGAAUUGGGUAGCUGCUUAGGAGGAACAUGCGUAGGCUAUGCCAUCGUAAUUCCGACAAAUUACUGCAGUCCUGAUGGUCAGCCAACGCUUCUCCCUCCCGAGCAUGUGCAAGAAUUGAACCUAAGGUCUACAGCCAUGUUAAGUUCCAUCCAACGAUUUUUUGCCUAUCACAUGAUAGAGACUUAUGGUUGUGACUAUUCCACCAGUGGCUUUUCUUUUGACACUCUUCAAUCCAAAGUAAAGGCAUUUCUUGACUUGCAUACUUCAGAUGGACCCAGACAUGAUACCUACAUACUGUACUAUAGUGGACAUUCUCACAGCUCUGGCGAAUGGGCAUUAGCAGGAGGAGAAACCCUGCGUUUGGAAACAAUUGUAGAGUGGUGGAAAGAGAAGAAUGCUGACUUCUGCUCCCGCCUGAUAAUUGUUUUAGACUCUGAGAAUGCACUUCCAUGGAUUAAAGAUGUAAGAAGACUCAGUGAAACUUUCAUUGCUGUUCAAGGUGCAAAACUGGCCAAAGAAGUCAAUAUUGAAGAAGCAGAUCUUCCACAACUAGGUGACUUUACUAAAGACUGGGUAGAAUAUAACUGCAACCUUGACAACAACAUUAGCUGGUCAGAUAAAGGAAGAACAGUAAUGGCUGAUUAUGGUAUAUCUAAAUCAUGGAGUGAUUACACGCUUCACUUACCAACAGGAAAUGAUGUUGCCAAGCAUUGGAUGAUUUACUUUCCUCGUAUCACUUAUCCUCUGAUUCACUUGGCAGACUGGUGUGGGAGGCUAAACCUGUUCUGGAUGUGUAAUGUUUGCUUUAGAUGUUUCAAAAGGUUGAAGAUGAGAUGGUUCCCUCCCACAAUCCUGGAUACAGGACAAGGGUUCAAACUUGUGAAGUCAUGACGUUGUCUUUAUAUGUCAACUAACUAGGACUUUGUAUUGCACUUACAGGAAUCCUUCCAAAGAUUUUGGUGUAAUUGUCUUUAUGAAGGUUAAUGGGCUACAGUUGCUGAAAAGUUACUGAUUUAUCCCAAGCUUGCAUUUCUUAACUCAACAGACUUCAGGAUUCAUUGGGGCUUAAUACCAUUUUUUUAAAAAAUCUGUAUAUAUGUGUUGUUACAUACUACAAUGUUUCUUUCUUGAUUUUGCAAAGUGUAUACAAGCAAUUACUGCAAUGAGAUGGUGACUGUUACAGCUGCCUGUGGUGCACAGAAAGCAGAAGUGGGUACUGCAGAUGCUGGAGAUUAAAGUCAAGAUUAGAGUGGUGCUGGAAAUGCACAGCAGGUCAGGUAGUAACUGAGGAGCAGGAAAAUCAAUGUUUCGGGCAGAAGCCCUUCAUCAGGAACUUUCUCUUCAGAUGCUGCCUGACCUACUGUGCUUUUCCAGCACCACUCUAAUCUUGACUGUAGUGCACAGAAUUCAAGUUGGCCAGCGGAAUGAAUGUUUUGACAUAAAUAAAAAAUAAUGCACAUUGGUUAAAAUGUUACCACCAGAGCAGAAAAAGGAAAUAUGGCAACCAAACAUUGAGCAUGCUAAACAAUAGAGUUUUUUUCAGAAAAUAUACUUUAUGAAAGUUACAUUGUUUUUUUAAAAAAAAAUGUUCAAAAGCCUAGACUGCAGAAAGGUUAUUGAUGUUUUAAAAACUUUGCUACUUUCAUACUUAGACACUGUUUACCUUUGGUAUUAGCCUUUCGAUUAACAUUUUGGUGGAUUUAUUUUUGCCAAGUUAUGCCAUCCAACAAAAAAAUUCAUUCAGCAAUUGAGAGUAAAGUUAAAUUGUUACUUUUCACUUUAAGGUAAUCUGGCCAUACUUCGACUUUUAACUAUGCAUCUGAAGAAAAUCCCACUAGUUGCCAGAAUUUUCUUAUCUGCUGCGAUUGUAACUGUGAAGAGUUCUUAAUUCAUAUGCAAUGACAUAUGUUUGUUACUGAGUUCAACAUCAAAACGUUAUGUUGUGCAUCACAGUGAAUUGCAAAUGAAAAUGGACGCAUUCUUUUCAAGUCACCUGCUGUCUGUAUCAUUUGUACAAACUGUGUCAAAAUAAAUUUUAUUUCUAGUAA